ACCACAAAGAAGUGAAGCUUUGAAUUAGAUCUCAGUCAUGGGAGUAAUGUUAGGCUAUUCAAUUCCUCUCCUUUUCUUAACUCUGUUUGCCACCGCAAACCCUUUCAAUUCCGCAGUUCACGGAGGAAUCUGCACCGAAUCUAAAAAGUCCACCCUCUUGAUCGUCUUCGGCGACUCAUUCUUUGAUGUUGGCUACGGUAAUGAAGAACUUUGUCUUCCAUCUAAAGGCCAACCAUAUGGGAAAUCACUUGACCUCCAGCAAGUUGCCCCUGGAAGAUUCUCGGAUGGUCUUCUAGUGCCUGAUUAUAUUGCCAAACACCUAGGCCUGGAUAAUAACGGCAGAAUUGCUUCAUACAAGCAUAACUUAGAUAUCCAACAAACAUUACUAGGCCAAGGCAAAGGAUAUGCUAGUUUGAGCUUUGCCAUGGCCGGAGCAGGUGUCAAGCAAAGCGCAGAUAAGUCGAAAUCACUAAGCAAUCAAGUUGAUAUUUUCCUCGAUAAUUCGAAAAAGUUUUUUGUUGGUAGCGGAGCGAAAUUCGUAGGCAAGCAAGAUGAGACUCUCUAUUUAUUUUCAAUAGACGGUUGUGGCCAUUCAGAUGAGAAGGGUUGCAAUGACCCUACUGCUUACGUGUUUUGGGAUGGUAUGCAUAACACUCAGCACAUUAAUCAGGAAAUAGCUCGCAUAUUCUGGAACGGACCCACAGAUACGACAUUUCCUCAAAAUUUGCAGACUCUAGCAGGAGGUCGCCCCCCAAGAAAUGAAGUAGACGAACAGGAGGACACUCAACUGUCUGAGCCCGGUUUGAAUGAUUUUAGACCAAUGCCGAGGAACCUUUUCCCCGAACAUUUCCAAGUUCCUACAGGAACAAGACAGAGACAACCCAGGCCUGGCAAUCUACAACAGGAACGACCUGAAAGGUCAGCAGAGCCCGCUCGAACGACCGAGCUCGAAGAGAGAACCAGAGUUCUCGAGAUGGCAAUGGGUAAAACCCUUGCCCGCCUGAUUCCGGACGACCCCCUGAUUCCUUUGUUGAACAGGGAUGGACAACCAGCUACAGUUGUUGCAACUCGAAACUCCCUCGCUCUAAGCAACAUAGUGCUCGCCAAGCUAUUCUCCAACAAAUUCGCGAGCCAGAGGGAGAUCAAACGCACAGCAACCGAGCUGAUGCAAGUUAACCAGAAGGAAGGGGAAUCUCUGAGGGACUACAUGCAGCGAUUCAACAAAGCCACUUUGGACAUUGAUAACGUCCUAGACACUAUCUGCUUGUCCGCCUUGCUGCAUGAUUUGAAGCGUGGCCGGUUCCUGGACGACCUGGUAAAAAACCCACCAAAGACGUGGAACAAAGUCAGUGACAGGUCGGCUAGCUUCAUACUAUCCGAAGAUUUCCAGUCGUCCAAGCAGCGAGCUGAUGAUAAGUCUCAAAUUCUAGCGCAAAUCCAGCAUUGGAUUAGAAGACCCCCACCCCCAUUGCAUGAUUCCUCGAGAGCAGACAAAAGCAAACAUUGUGACUACCAUCGUGUAUACGGUCAUAACACAGAGGAUUGCCAACACCUAAAGGACGAGCUGGAGUUCUUGGCUCGCAAUGGGAAACUGGAAGGAUAUGUUCAGAAGCUCCAUACCCAGCAACCCACUCAAGCUCAUUUUGUACAGGGGUAUGACCGACCUCAGGGGCAAAGGUACCAACUCGGCGGCGCACAGGAUGCACAUCAGGAUAACCAGUAUCCUUCCGAGGAAGGCAGGGCAUACAGGGGACGUCAAUUUAAUAGGCGAGGCCAAGGACAGAGAACCACCACCCAGAACCAAAAAGACCGGAAAGGGGUGGGUUAUGCUGGGAUUCCCCCACCUUCGGGCACAAUCAAUAUGAUUUCAGGUGGUAUACACUCUGGAGGCCAAAGCGCCCGAGGUCGUAAGGCGUAUGCCUGCCAGGUAAUGACUGUUAAUAAGAACAGGCCCCUGAAGCGCCCGUUUGAAGAAGCAGAAUGGGAGAAUACGCCUAUCACAUUCAGCCCGGCAGAUUACAAGCGAGCAGAAGGAGAGCCUGACAUUAUGAUGCCCCAUGUAGAUCCCUUCGUGGCCACGGUUCAUAUAGGCAAUCAUAAUGUCAACAAGGUGUUUAUUAAUACUGGUAGCUCGCCAGAUAUCUUAUAUUGGAGCUGUUUUCAAAAGAUGAAAUUGAACCCGAGCUCGCUGCAGAAGUAUGAAAGGCCCAUAUAUGGGUUUGAUAACCAGCCCGUCCCGGUUGAAGGAGUCAUUACUCUUCCCAUAUAUGGCUACUCUUUGCGAGCUGAAGGCUGUCAUCUCAUAACCCCAUCUCUGCAUGAAAUUCCCAACUCCUCAAGGGGCUCUGAAAACCACAGACCAACCCAGCUCGGUCAGCAGACAAUGAGCAUAUCAGACAUUGAACACCGACCUGAAGGUGUCGAGCAGAAGGCAAAGCCAGUGAAGCCAGUAGAAACAAUCCCUCUAGACCCUGAUGUGCCAGAAAUGACGAUUAAGAUCGGCACCACGCUCACAGAAGAGGAACGUGCAGAGCUUCUGGAGUUUUUGAGGAUUAAUCAGGAUGUGUUUGCAUGGACUACGGAUGAAAUGCCUGGCAUCCCAGCGGGGUUGACAAUCCACAAGCUCAGCACGGACCCCACCAGAAGGUCGGUGAUUCAAAAACGCCACCUUUUUGGCCCCGAGAAGCAAGCUGCCAUAGACGAAGAAAUACAAAAGUUGCUACAGGCAGGCUUCAUCAAAAGAGUGGAGUACUCUGAAUGGGUGUCCAACCCCGUGCUCGUCAAAAAACCAAAUGGCAAGUGGAGGAUGUGCAUUGAUUUUACAAACCUAAAUGACGCGUGCCCAAAAGACCUUCACCCACUACCAAAUGUCGAGAAGCUAGUAGAGCGGGCAGCCGGACACGAACGGAUGAGCUUUCUUGAUGCCAGUUCCGGUUAUCACCAGGUCCAGCUAUUGUUAGACGACCAGAAGAAAACAGCUUUUUACGCUGGUGACGCAAUCUACUGCUAUGUAAUGAUGCCGUUUGGCUUGAAGAAUGUUGGUGCAACAUACCAGAAACUGGUGCAAAUCAUCUUUAAGCUCCAGAUCGGCAGAAACAUAGAAGUAUAUGUGGAUGACAUGAUAGUCACCAGUGUACGAGCUGAAGAUCACAUAAGCGACCUGAGUGAGACCUUUCAAAACUUGCGCCGAGCACAAAUGAAGCUGAAUCCCCUGAAAUGCACAUUUGCUGUAGAGUCAGGAAAAUUCCUAGGGUACGUGGUAUCCAAGAAAGGAAUUGAAGUAAAUCCAGAGAAAGUCCAGGCCGUUCAGCAGAUGGAGCCGCCCAGGAUUGUCAAAGAUGUGCAACAUUUAACGGGCCGGGUUACAGAAGAGGCGGUGAGCUCGGUCCUACUCAGGGAAGAGAAUAAGAAUCAAAAGCCUAUCUGCUAUGUGAGCAAGGUUUUGCAAGAUGCCGAACAGAACUACCCAUUAGCAGAGAAGGCUGCCUUUGCCUUGGUCUGCACAGCUCACAAGGUGAGAGCUUACUUCCAAUCCCAUCGAAUUGUUGUCUAUACCGAUCUGCCGCUGAGGAAGAUAUUGCAAAAACCAGAACUCUCUGGUCGACUUAUCGGAUGGAGCGUCGAGCUGAGUGAAUACAACCUCAAAUUUCAGCCGCGCACGACUAUAAAAGGCCAAGCUGUGGCAGAUUUCCCGGUGGAAUGCGUCUCAGCGACUGUGAAAGAAAAGGCACCCGAACACCCAAUUUGGGUUUUGUAUGUAGAUAGUCCUGCUAACAUUGAAGGAUCGGGUGCUGGGGCUGUGUUACUGGGCCCUGACGGCUUUAAAUCCAAACAUGCAUUGAGAUUUAAGUUUCAAAUAACCAAUAAUGCCGCAGAAUAUGAAGCCCUCAUUUAUGGAUUAAAGUUGGCCUCCGAGCUGAAGGUUCAGAGCAUUCAAGUUUUUAGCAACUCUCAGCUCGUUAUGGGCCAGGUGAAGGGCAGCUGUGAAAUUAGGGAUCCCCAGCUUGGUCGCUAUACUUUUGUGGUCGACAGAUUGAAGUCAAGAUUUGCUUCCUUUCAGAUCGACAAAAUACCCAAAGCAGAUAACCAACGAGCUGACGAGCUGUCAAAGCUAGCCUCCUCCACAGACCCCUCUUCACCGAGCUGGACCACCCCACUAAUAAAUUAUCUACAAAGUGGCGAGCUACCUGAAAACCCGUCUGCGGCAACGCUAAUUAAGCCUAGGGCGGCACAUUUCACUUUGUUAGAUAACCAGCUCUACAAACGAGCAGCCUCAAUGCCCCUAUUACGCUGCCUUACUCCUUAUGAAGCUGAAUACGCUGUGAGAGAAGUUCAUGAAGGAGUAUGUGGCACACACAUAGGUGGUAAGACUUUAGCUCGGAAACUCCUGAGGCAUGGUUACUACUGGCCUACUAUGGUUGAGGACGCACAGAGCUAUGUUAAAAAGUGCCCGACCUGCCAGUUCAAUGCUGAUGAGAUUCACAUGCCAGGAGAAAUGCUCUCAUCACUCUCAUCUCCCUGGCCUUUUGCUCAAUGGGGAGUCGACCUGCUCAGCCCUUUCGUGAAAGGCAAAGGAGGUUGCACUUACCUCGUUGUCGCUGUGGAUUACUUCACCAAAUGGAUAGAAGCUAAACCGUUGUCCACGACAACAGAGAAAAAAAUAGAAGAAUUCUUGUUUAAUUCAAUAUUAUGCAGCGACUAUGGCAUCGAGCUCGCCUUGACAUCUGUGUAUACUCCACAGUCAAAUGGGCAAGCCGAGUCUGCCAAUAAAAUCAUCUUGCGAGGCCUCAAGACACGAGUGCUGGCUGCACAUUCUAAUUGGGUUGACGAGCUCCAUAAAGUGCUUUGGUCUUGUCGUACUACACCCAGCUCGGCUACAGGCGAAACCCCAUUUAGCCUGGCGUAUGGAGCCGAGGCAGUCAUCCCUGUUGAGGUCGGAUUGCCAUCUGGUAGAUCAGAUCGCCAUGGCGAUCCUAAUAAUGAGCAACUCUUACGAGAAAACCUAGACAUUGUAGAAGAAGUUAGGGAGAUGUCUCGAAUAAAGAAUAUGGCAUAUCGGGGUCGUGUAGCAAAAUUUUACAAUAAAAGAGUACGAGCUCGUCAGUUCAAGGUGGGCGAUCUGGUUUUACGUAAAGCUGGAUUAACCAACACUUAUUCACACAUGGGUAAGCUCGCUCCUAAUUGGGAAGGUCCCUAUAUGGUCAUUCAAAUCAAGCGACCUGGGUCUUACGUGUUAGCAGACAUACAAGGACGCCAGUUGCCAUAUAUUUGGAAUGUACACAAUCUUAGAAGGUUUUACAGUUAAUGUAUGUGUAUCAAUGAAUUUGUUCGUAGAAA